GGAGUUUUUUAUUGCAACCAUGUUUCAUGUUUCACUCAAGAUGGGUUGGCAUAUAUCGCCAACAACCUUGAUAUACAUUAUGAAGUUCUUGACAACUUGGAAAGUGCGGAAACCUAUAGAUCUAGACUGACUCUCACCAACAGAGGAACUAAAGAGAUACGACACGGACCUUGGGCUAUAUAUUUCAACUUUAUUCGUUUGAUUGAACCUAAACAUUUACUGGAAAAUCCAAGUCGAUAUAUUAUACCGAAUGUUGGGAUGAAAUUUGUUCAUAUUACUGGGUCACUUUUUAAACUGGAACCUGUACAAGGUCAGUAUUUCAUUUCGUAUUUGCACAAAUGCUGAAACUUGUUUGCGAAAGGAGUGGCAAGUAUUAUAUGGCUCAUUAAAGCUCACUGUAUAUGUAGUAAGGAAUAGUCAGAUUAGGGCUGUGCUCUGUCUGCCCACCUAUCAUCUGUAAUUGAGUGAUAAAGUCAUUAAAACAAAACAAACAAAACGAAAAAGUCAGCGAGUCCUACACAUCGAAGCUGCAUGCAAUUUAAAUAUAUUUAUUAAAAUAAUUUGCAUUUUGGUCUUUAGAUUUUGGUCUUUGAAUUUAGAUAUUGUUAGCGACUUCGUUCCUAGGAAAUUUAGGCGUGCAGAAUCCAAAAUGUUUAGAACAAAAAUUUCGUCGUGUAAACACAAUCGACCGACCAAAAAGCCUCCCAAAAUGACUGUCGUAUAAACGAGCCUUAUAUAUUUGUAAUAUUAUAUUCUUUACCGCCCCACUUGGAAAGAAGCUUCAGUUGAAGGACUUGAAGGGGCCAGCACAGUCAAAUAAAGUGUUAUCAUAUCAUAUCCUAUCCUAUCCUGUUCUAUCCUAUCGUCUAUUAAGGAGGCUCCCUACAGUUUUAAUUAACGUUAUAGCGCACAACUUUGCUUUUAGGCCCAUUGUUUCCGUAGUUUGCAAAAUAUGAUUGACUGCGGAUGUAAAAGAAUGAGUCACUGGUGAUUACCGUUACAGAUAUAUCUAUAUAUUUCUACGCAAUACACCCUUUCGAUAAUUACGUCAUUUGGUCUUGGAGCCUCGCUCUAAUGAAUCGUGAGCCAAUCACCUUGCGUAAAUUACUAAUGAGAGCAAGGCUCCAAGACCAAAAAGUAUGUGUGACGUAAUUAUCGAAAGGGUGUAUUAUCAUAUAAGAGGAUAGUUAUACACUUUAAUUAUAGACGUGUCACUUUUCUGUUUUUUUUGCUUUGUUUUUGUGGACUGAAACAUUUUGCGAAAUAAUCGUGAUGAAAAGCAAAGAAUAACAUUGAUCGCCAAACAACUCGGAACAUGAUCUGUUUUUAUUAUAUAUCUUGCAUUUAUUUGUUUUCCAAGGUUUCCGAGCACUCUCAUUUGGUAAAAAUCUGUCUUUCGAUUUCGACUCUCAAUACUUCUCUGUUGCAAGGACGGAUGUAAUGGCUAACUGGUAUAUUGCGUCUGAGGGUCUCAAGGCUGUGAAUGUUAAAAUGACGUCUGGCGAAGAUCUGAAAUUUGUCGGGAAGUUUGAUACGAAGGAAAAAUGGAAGCGAACUAAAGACGAUAAGUAUAAUCCAUUUACACCAGCAGAGCGUUUGAAACAAAUUGAGGUGGAAACAAAGAAACCUGAACCUGGGUCAAUAAUACCAACUCCUGUUGAAAUGAAGGUAGAAAGUGGAAAAUAUGUGAACAUUAAUGACUGGGUGAUUGCUACAUCAGCAGAAUAUGAGAAUGAAGCCAAGUAUCUUGGGAACAAACUAAAGCUCUCUAUAGGAAUUAACACUGCUGUAACCAAUACUAAAAUAUUGCGUCUUUUACAAGAAAAUGUUGAUGUGAAAAUUGACGGACGAAGCAGUACUAGUAAGGAGAGAUACCAAGUUGAUGUGAAAGAAAAUACAAUCACAAUUUCAGCGCCUGAAUCAAGCGGGAUUUUCUAUGGAAUUCAGUCACUCUUGGCUGUUACAAAUGUUGAAAGAAAACAAGUUCUUAUGGUGAGCUUAUUUUGUCAUAUCGUAGUCUGAUGGUU